CACUCGAUUACUUUCCGUGAAGCCAAUAUUUUACUUUUAUAUAUAGCAAAAGUGCAGUAAAUUUUCUAAAAUGCAGUCCGUUGUUACUUACGAGAAACCACUACCACAUUUGACCUUACCGGAUUGGGACGCCAGGUUAUAUGGAUUGCAGGUCACAGCAGAUACGAGAAGGGCUGACGCCUUCGACCUUCGCUACAGCUCGCACCAGCUUCGCAACGAAACCAAAAUCAAGACCGACUGGGACAGCUACCAUAACAACAAUAGAUUGAGAGCUAGAGUAUACGAAAUAGAGCAAUGGAAAUCGACCCUCCAAGAGCUCUUAGAGCGCCUAGACAGAGAGAUGACUGCCCUCAAAGAAGAGAAGGCAUCCACAGAGAGAGAGUUGGAGCAAUUGAACAUGCCCCUCCUGGUCUGUUCGGAGUGCCUCUCGAACAGGGACGGGAGGAGGAGCACCGAACUCACGUAUGACUUGGCUGAUACGGAGUUGAAAAAGGAACUCUGCGUAACCGAGAGCAAUAAGAAGAUGCUGAUAGACCGCUGCCAGUCCGCGUGGGAGAAGAUAAACAAGCUAGAAGUCGUGAAGUUCAAGCUUCAACUGGACCUCAACGAUAAGAACGAAGCGCUGCAAAUUGAUAAAGACAUGUUAAAUCUGGACAAGGACUGCGCGAACAUAACCUAUAAGACGGAUUCGUUGAAAACUCCGAAACGAAUGAUAACCUACGAUCAAUGGCUACAAAAGUGCGAAGCAACCAAAAAGCUAGCAGUAGACGAGUUACAAGACACACUACGACUCCGGGAAUCCCUCUUUGUGGCUCGUGGUCGAGCUCGUAACGCGUUGCGAGCGCAGACUGACGUCACCAACUAUAUGAUGCGACGCCGCGUAUAUGAGACACAACGUGCUAGGAAUGAGCUGCAGUGGCAGAAAAUGAAGAUGGAAGAAAAUAUGGACAAGCUGUCAAGCGAAUUGAAGACGAUCGGUGAACAGUUCGCUGACAAAGUGAAUGCACUAAAAGUAGCUGAGACUAGAUUAGAAACAAGAGGCUAUAGACCUGGUAUUGAACUGGCAUCUGAUGAAGCUGAUAUCGGCAUGAAGGAAGAAGUAAGGAACUUACGGGAGACUAUACGGCAGCUGCAAGAGAAACAGGAUUGCGCUAAGGCAACAUAUAACGCUCUCGAAGCGGCGUCUAUCAAGAUCGCCAUAGAUCUGAACGACAAGGAGCAGUCUUUGGAAACGGACACCAGAGCUCUGGAGAUGAGAUCCGCUCUGGAGCCCAAGAGACCAACCGGCACGGAUAAGAACCUGAUACUAGCGAGUAUGGAGGAUGAGGUGCCCAAGAUGGAAGGCUAAAUUCUUUGUACGGUUGACUAUUUUUUGUGAUGUUUAGAAAUUGUUUUUGAUGUCUUUGUUUUCGGUAAUUGUGUUUUUUUAUUAAUAAAUUGGUUUUGUUUAUA